UUAGGAGACUGUUAAGUCAUGAGAUUAAUUACCAUCCUUUUCCUCUGCUCCAGGCUGCUAUCAAGUUUGAGCCAGGAGUCCUUCUCACAGGAAAUUGGCUGCGAUGAUGAGGAUGUAUUUAAGGCUGUGGAUGCUGCGCUGAAGAAAUAUAAUGAUGGAAACAAAAGUGGCAACCAGUUUGUAUUGUACCGUAUAAGUAAUGUCACCCUGAUUGAUGACUUGAACCAAUAUUAUUCCUUCAAGUACCAAGUCAAGGAGGGUGACUGUCCCGUUCAAAGUGGCAAAUCCUGGCAGAACUGUGACUACAAACAAUCUGCGGAUGCUUCCACAGGAGAAUGCACAGUCACCGUGGCAAAAUCCAGGAAUAAUAAAUUCACCAUAGCUACCCAGACCUGCCAGAUCACUCCAGGGGAGGGCCCCAUGUUGAUGACCCGGUACAACUGCCUGGGUUGCAAGUACCCAGUAUCAGCUGCAGACUCCCAUGUGCACCAUGCCCUGAAUCAAAUCAUCACGCAUUUUAACAACCACAGUUCGCAUUCCCACCUCUUUGCUCUUAAAGAAGUAAAAAGUGCUUAUAAACAGGUGGUUGCUGGAUGGAACUUUGACAUUUCUUACUCAAUUAUGGAAACAAAUUGUUCCAAGGCGGACUUUCCGUUAUUAACUCCAGACUGCCAGAUCCUGUCAGAUGGCGAUCUCGCUGAAUGCACAGAUAAAGCAUUCAUGGACACUUCGCAAAGAAUUUCUUCCCUCACACAGAACUGUGAACAUUUUCCAGGUAUGAGAAAACUCACAUUGAUUACUCCCACAAAGUGCGCAGACUGUCCCAAAGAGAUCCCUGUCGACAGUCCAGAAUUGAAAGAGGUUCUGAAUCAUUCUGUCAAAAAGCUGAAUGCAGAAAAUAAUGGAACUUUCUAUUUCAAGAUUGACAAUGUGAAAAAAGCCACAGUUCAGGUGGUGGAUGGAAAGAAAUACUAUAUAGAAUUCACAGCCAGGGAAACCACAUGUUCCAAGGAAAGUAAUAUAGAGUUCUCUAUUAGUUGCGAGACCAAAGAACCAGGGAAAGCUCUAAUCUGUAAUGCUUGGAUGAACAAAAUUGAACUGACUGUCAACUGUAAACCAAAAACAAUGAUUAUGAUGAGGAAAAGGCCUCCAGGUUUUUCACCUUUCCGAUCAGCAAUGAUGGAUGGAAUAGAAGAAACAACUGUAAGUUCACCACACACUUCCAUGAUACCUGUACAAGAUGAAGAACAGUAUUCAGAAAAAAGCCAAGAACACACUCAUGGGCAUGGCAGGGCCCAUAAAAAACAAAUAAAACAUGGCCUUGGUCAUGGCCAUAAACAUGAGCAUGGCCAAGGCCAUGGACACAUAAGGGGACAUGGCUUUGGUGUUGGACAUCAACGGGAACUUGACUAUGAUCUUGAAUCCCAAAGGAGACAUGGAUUUGGCCAUGGACAUCAAAGGGGUCAUGGCCACGCCCAUGGGCAUAAACAUGAGCAUGGUCAUGGCCAUGGAAAACACAAAAAUAAAAACAAAAGCAAUGGAAAGCACAAAGGAAGGAAAACAGAGCAUUUGGCAAUCUCUUCUGAAGACAGCACUACACCUUCUACACAGACACAAACGAAGACAGAAGGGCCAACGCCCACUCCUUCUUUAGCCCAGCCAGAGGUAACAGUCACCUUUGCUGACUUUCAGGACUCAGAUCUCUUUGCAGCGGUGAUGCCUAAUCCAUCACCAGCUCCCACAGAGAGUGAUGAUGAUUGGAUCCCUAACAUCCAGGUAGAACCAGAUAGCUUUUCCUUUAGCCUGAUACCUGAUUUUCCAGAAACAACUUCUCCCAAAUGUCCCGGGCGCCCCUGGGAGCCAGUUAAUGAAAUGAAUCCAGCUGUGGAAAUGAAAGAAUUUCAUGAUUUUGAUCUUUCUGAUGCGUUGUAUAAGUAAUGCUGCCCUGGUUA